AUGAACCUCAACGAUCUCAGGAGGCUAGAGAUCGAUAUCGAUAUCUUCCUCAACCGGUUCAUCCCGCACCCCCGAUGGCACCGAUAUCCAUAUCCUGUGGCCCAUUUCCUCGGCCAUAGACGUGAAGCAGUGCCCAAGCUCGGGACGCUGGUCGUUAUAUUUUGGACGUUCGUUGGCGUCUUCUGCGGCUUGUUGACCAUUACCGGAAUAUCUCAACAUAUCCCUUCUUUCAAACAACAUGAUGCUCCCCUCGUAGUUGGCAGUUUCGGAGCUGCAGCCGUGCUUGCAUAUUGUGCUAUAGAAUCACCCCUCGCACAGCCCAGGAAUGCCAUCCUUGGACACUUCCUGGCAGCUGUUGUCGGUGUCGGGAUCACAAAGCUAUUUGGCCUCCACCCGCGUCAUGAGGAGCUCUACUGGAUAGCUGGUCCGCUGUGCUGUGCUGCUGCCACGCUGGUGAUGGCUCUCACAAAAACCGUCCAUCCUCCAGCAGGCGCAACAGCUCUGCUCUCGGCCGUUGACCCCAGGACAAGGCACCUCGGCUGGUUUCUCCUGCCUGUCGUCCUUCUUGCCUGCAUGCUCAUUCUUGUUACAGCUCUGAUAUUCAACAAUAUCGAACGGCGUUUCCCCACGCACUGGUGGACUCCUGUCAGUCUUAUCCCACCAAAGGCGGCAGACCUGGAGUCUUCAACGUCAGAGGAGACUGUCCACCCUGACCAAUCCGACGAAUCGCCCCCUGACGAAGGCAAUGAUAAGCAGCCUGUAGACCAGAUCAUCAUCAGCCCUGGUCAAGUCGAUAUAUCAGGAUCCAUCACGCUCACUGCCGCUGAAUAUGACUUCCUCGAACGACUUAGUAGACGUAUCAUAGACAUAGACGAGAAAGACGCUUCAACCGAUGAAAAAGAAAAAGCAGACGAAACCAGACAAAACUAG